CCUCACAAAUAACGAUCAGCUGAUGUGGAACUGUUGGUGUAUCGAUAAAAGCAAAAUACGACAAAGUGCAAUGGAAACAGACCUGAGGAAAAAAUCAUGAUGUACAUGAAACAUGUGACUUAAACACUCACUGAAGUUUCUGCUUCAAUAAAGAGACUAAAAAAAGCAGCAGGUGAAAACAUCAGACUCUGUGAUGAGGAGACUAUAACAUUUCUCACAUUAAUACAUGGGACAAAUGGAAAUGCAUUAUUUCCAUCUUGUCUUUUUUUUCAUAUUUGUUUCCACCAUUUGAGGUUUGACUUAAAGAAUACGUCAUCUUGUUGCACCUUCUUCUCCUACAGUGGUUUAAUGGCAUCCAACUGGAGAAGUAGUGUAACCCACUGCUUAUCUCCAUGAUCUUUAUUCUAACCGCAGACUCUCAUUGACCCCGAUGGUUUGUUCACAAGUUGUUUUCUCUGCUGUUUGAAAGUGAAUGAUUUUCAAAUAGCUUUUAAUCGCACAGCAUUCAGCUCACCAAACUACAAUGACUUGGCCACCAUGACUACAGAUUCAGAUAUUUCAAGAAUGUAUUUACAUCAAUUUCGUGCAUGGAUUGGGCUAAAAAAGAGCGGUUCAGAUUCCUGGCUUUGGCCUGAUGGACAAAGUGACUUAUUCAGUUAUACCUGGGAGUCGAACGAACCAAACAGCGGUGAGGACUGUGCUUCCAUCUUUAACACCAGGAACAACAAGAUUUAUGGCGCCAGAUGUGAAAGAUAUUUCUUCUUCAUCUGUUCCAAGUCGGAUGGAAACUACCACUAUGAAUUUAUACCUCUGACGAAGACAUGGUCAGAGGCCCAGGACUACUGCAGGAAUAAUAAAAGUGAUCUGGCAGUUCUCAAAUACUUAUCAGACCCACAUUUUUCUGGAAACAGCUUUCCGAUCUGGGUUGGACUGUACAGAGAUGGGGAAACAUGGAGCUGGAGCUCAGGGUUUUCAGAGUACAGAAAUUGGAAAUCAGGUGGCCAAAGUAACAACGGAGACUGUGUCACCAUCCUCUCAACAAAUAAAGAGAUGGUUGCCCGACCCUGCUCCGACCGCUUUCCCUUCAUAUGCUACAGGGACAACCUGGUCUUGAUAAACGACAGCAAGACCUGGUACGAAGCGCUGGACCAUUGCAGAGCCCUUGGCUUGGAGUUGGUCAGCGUGCAGCCUGGACCAGACCAUAAGUACAUGAUGGCCAAGAUCAUGGCGGCCAACACGGAGGAGGUGUGGACAGGCCUUCAUUUCCUGGGCGGUGACUGGCUGUGGAUUAACGGGGCUGAUAUGUUGUACUCUGACCUGCCCGUUUGCCCCAUCAACGGGCAGCACUGUGGAGUCUUAACCAAGAAUAACACAAAGAGUAUAGAGACCAGACGCUGUUCAGAGAAGAGGAACUUCCUGUGUUACAAGUAAGACUGACAUCACUACAAUCAUCACUCCAAGAACGUCCUGCAUCUACUAUCUACCUUCUGUGUUUGUGUUCACAUGCCACCAAAAUUUUGAUGACGACGACAUGAAAAUGAUAUGAAGUGUGCUUUUUUCUUCUAAAGUUUUUACUCGUGCCAGAAAUUUAAGCAAAUCUUCUAAUUAGCAGCCUUCUAAUCUCAUAGAUUAUAUAUCAGCUCAGUAAAAGUUGUGCUCAGCUUUGUACUCAUUACUCCUUUCUCUCACAAUAAAUAGAAGUAACUUGGAGUACUGUAGACAACUUAAAUUUCUUUAUCAUAAAGACCAAGCUCAGAAAUGCAAAGGAAAACUGGGAAACACAAGCAAAUAAGAAAAACAAACCAAAACACUGGUGAUAUAAUAAAGUUGUAAUUUUUCUUUACAUUUCAUAUCUGAGCUCUCUGUUGAAUUUUGUCAUGAUAAUAAUAGCUUUGAGUUGCCAUUACUAUCUACAGUAACAUGUUUUUGCGUAACAAGUAAAUUUCCCUGCUAUGGGAUCAAUAAAGUUCUU